AUGCUUUCAUUCUCUCUCUUCGUUUUUCUUUCUCAUUUCGACCAAUUAUUCUCUAAGCCGCUUCCUUUUUUGCCAUAUUUUCAUGCUUUUUUUCUUUUCAUUUCUUUAACAUCUUUUCCAAUUUUUCUUAACAUGUCUCAUUUUUUUUUUCUUUAUCCUUCUUCAUAUAUUAUUUCUCCUUCUUCUGGAUAUAUUUCUUCUUUUUUCAUCCUUCUUUUUACACUAUUAUUUUCUCCUAGUUUUCAUUUUUCUUUCUUUCUUUUUUUACUUUUUUUUUUCCUCAUCUACCGUUCUUUCUUUCCUCUUAGUAAUUUUUCAUCUUCUUCGUCUUUCUUUCUUUCUUUUUCAUCGUUCUUUUUACAUCUUUUCUUUUUCCUAGCUUUCCUUUUUUUCUUUCUUUCUUUCUUUCUUUCUUUCUUUCUUAUUUACCCUUCUUUCCUUCUUCUUAGUAAUUAUUCUUUUUUUCUACUUCAUAUUCGUUUUCCCUUGCUUUCCUUCUUUUUUUUAUCGUUCUCUUUACAACUUUACUUUCACAUCGCUUCCCUCUUUUUUCCUUCUUUCUUCUUUUCAUUUCUUUUUUUCUCAUCUACCCUUCUUUCCUUCCUCUUUGUAAUUCGUCUUUUUCUACUACUACUUCUUUUUCUUUUUUUCCUGUCUUUGCUUCUUACUUACGAAAUAUGCCUCGCUACAUACACACAAUUGAAUCGCCUUCAUUCGAAUUCUACGCCGAGAUUUUAUUCCCAAGAACCACUACUUUGUGAGAAUUGCGGCCGCAUCACGUGCAAACACCGUUUCCCGUUCGAUAACCGGAGUUAA